AUGUCGGAAUCAACUCAACGCGUCCCAAUGGCCCCGAAAGUUGUUGUUGACCCUGGCUCGCCUACCUCCAGCGCAGAUACCCUGAGCGAUGGCGAAAUUGCCAUUGAGAAGUGCGGCUCCAAAAUGAUGGAAACACUCGACCUGGACAAUCACACCGAGAAAUCAACUGCCAACGUUGACUUGGAGGCCCAGUCCCCCCAACCUCGACGUGAGCCAAAGAUACUCGCCGGCGUUCGAUAUGCCAUACUCACCCUGUACCGCCGUCUCUUCACGCUUGUCUUUCUAGCCAACGCGGGAGUCUUUAUCGCGGUUAUGUUGAACCUCAACUCACAAAUGUUGUUGACCUUGGUCAAUGCCACAUCUGCCAACCUGUUAGUGUGCGGUCUGGCCCGUCAGCCUCUCGUGGUCAACGCCAUCUUCAAGCUCGUGCUAUCCAUGCCGAGGUCAGCACCACUUCCCCUCCGCCGCGUUGCCGCCAAAGUGUACCACUACGGUGGUGUCCACAGUGGAUGUGGAGUCGCCGCCCUCGUCUGGUACAUUGGGUUUGUGGGCGUAUUGUCCCGCAUUUACUGGGACCCAUUCCCCGAUAGUGUGUUCACUAUCUCAACAGCACCGGUCGUCCUCUCGUACGUCAUCCUCGUACUGCUGCUGGCGAUCAUUUUGGUAGCGCACCCUGCAGUGCGCAUGAAGCGACAUGAUUAUUUUGAACUCACCCACCGUUUCUCGGGGUGGCUUGUGGUAGCCCUGUUCUUCGUGCUCUUGAUGGUUGUUUCACACGACGCCAGCCAGUCCAUGCAGCAACCACUGGGCAAGUUCCUCAUCUCGCUUCCAGCCUUCUGGGCCCUGCUCAUCACCAUCGUGGCCAUUAUCCAACCCUGGCUAUUGCUGCGGAAGGUCGCGGUGCGGGCCGACCCCCUCUCCGGCCACGCCACGCGUCUGCACUUCGACCACGCCAUCACCACUUUCGGCAAGGGCAUCCAAGUCGCCAAGCACCCACUGCGCGACUGGCACAGUUUUGCCACCUUCCCAGACCCGGUCCCCGCCGGCCCCGCCGGCCCCAACGGUUCCCCAAGCUUCUCCUGCCUGGUCUCCAAAGCCGGCGAUUGGACCACCGCAACCAUCCAGAACCCGCCCACACACCUGUGGAAGCGAGGUGUGCUGAUCUACGGCUUUGCCUAUGCCAUGCGCGUCUUUCGCAGGGUGAUUGUCGUCACUACCGGAUCAGGCAUUGGGCCAUGCUUGUCCUUCCUCGGCGAUGACAACCGGCCUGGCCUCCGUGUGCUCUGGCAAACCCGUGCCCCGCACAAGACCUACGGUGAGGGUGUCAUGAAAUUGGUUCGGAUGAUGGACCCCAACCCCAUUGUGCUAGACACGGAUCAAUGUGGCCGCAUUGAUAUGGUUCCCCUCAUCCUGCAGCAGGUGAAGGAAUUCGAUGCGGAAGCGGUGUGCGUGAUCAGUAACCCCGUGCUGACGGGGCGAAUUGUGUAUGAGCUUGAAGCGCGAGGGACCCCGGCUUUUGGCCCGAUUUUUGAUUCAUGA